GCUUUUCUAUUUUGUGUCUCCAUGGAGGUGGCAAUCAUCACUCUUGAGGUUGCUUUGAGAUUCGUUUUGGUGCCAUGUGCCACUUCCUCCAACAUAUGUUUCUUGUGUUUAGUUGUGGCAUUGGGUAUUUCCUCUUUGGGUUGGGUUAGGUCCACACCAUGACAACUUUUUAGACAUAGGCCUGCCCCCCUAGUAGCUCUCUACCCGAGUAAAAAUGUCAUGCAGCCUCGAUUUUCGACCCAAUCAAGUGCUAUUGUUACAUAAGGUGCUGCACUCUUCUUCAAAAUCCCAUUCCAUAGUUAGAGAGUUCUCAAUGUUCCCUGCUUCCCCCGUUUUGCAUUCUGAUUGUGGGGAACCGGUAGUUAGGAGAUUUUCUACCGAUCCAAGAGAUCAUGGGCGCCCUUUCCUUCGCUGUCCAGUGGGGUACGUGAGAGGGAACGAGGAAGAUCUGGUGGACGAGGAUCCCAUGGCGGAGAGUGUUCUCAACUGCAACACAUGGAUGUUCGAGGAAUCGCUCAUCCGAUAUGCUCGCGAGGUCGAGCGGCUGUGCAUCAUGCAAUCCGUCACCGAGGUCCAUGACCCAAUCGGACAUGGAGAGAGCUCGUCAUCGUUUUCCGGGCGUCUCCAGAUUGAGAAGAGCAUGAACACACCGCCCCGCAGGGUCUGUGCUCUCUACGCGAUGCCGUUUGUCGCAGGAGUUGGUGCCUGAAGCAUUAUAGCUGCCCUCAUAGCUUUGGCGUUCUUGUAGUUGAAGCUUGUUUAUGAAAUUUCGCUUGGAAAGUAGGGUUCCAUGAGGAUGCGUGUGUGGCGAUUGCCGAUCCCACAUACGAAAUAUUUUUCUCUUGAGCCGUAGUUUGCAAGGUUCCGUUCGUAGUUUCUCUGGGAAUUGAUUUUCUGCAUCUAUCUAUCCGUCUGUUGAGGUGUUCUAAAGGAUUUUUAACGGGGUUUUGGAUUUGUGAAUGCAUG